GUUAGCCAAUCACAUCAAGCCACAAUGUGUUUCCAAACAACACUCCUUUUCACGCGACGGGCUAUGUCAACUACUUCCUCAUUUCAACUAAAAAGUUUUCGGGUGAAUAAAUUGAUUGCUACUUUGUAUCUCUGACAUUUCAGAUGAUCAGAUACUGUAGUUACUCACUCCGUUGAUAUUAUUACUUGAUAGCUAAGAGGCUACAUUGUAGCUACUACUUAAUCGCGCUGGGAGAGAUCACAAGAAAAUAAACAUGGACAAUACUGGUUUUCCUAGACAAAAAACAAUUAAGCUUGUGAUAAAAACACCUAAUCAAGCCCACGGGGAUCAAACGAUUGAAGGAGUUGACAUGGAUUGGACAGUGAAAGAGUUGAAGACACAUUUGUCGAGAAUGUACCCAAACAACCCGGCUGAAAGUGAUCAGAGACUAAUUUACUCUGGCAAGCUGCUCCCAGACCACCUGCAUGUAAGAGAUAUUUUCAGAAAGACGGACCUAACACCCACUGUGCACCUGGUGUGUGCAGUAAGGACUCAGCCUAUAGGUCCGCUAGGAGCAAGACCAAAGGUCAGGGAAUCAGAGCAGCAAGAGGCACAAACAUCGGCCAUGCCUACCGGUCAGAACCCAGAGGGUGCCUCCCCAGCCCCAUCUGUGCCCACUGAACCAGAACUGAGACAGCGCAGGCCCCCUGCCCCCUCUCACACCCCACCAGCAGCUGCAUGGCCUGGCACUACAACGCUAGUGGCAGCAGAGAUGACAAACCCAACCUUCCCCACUUACUCCCUCUACAGCCCUCAACAGCUUCUCUGGCUGCAGCACAUGUAUGCUCGCCAGUACUACAUGCAGUACCAUGCAGCCUACGCAGCAGCAGCAGCCUCUGCCCCCUUUGCCCCAGCUGCCGGCCCAUCCCUGCCUGUCGCACCCCACCAAGCCGCUAUCCCAGCAGCCCUGCCAGCCAAUCAGAAUGCACAGGACGCUGCCUUCAUCAACCCGGGAGCAGCCAAUCAGAACCUGCGGAUGAACGCCCAGGGCGGACCUGUGAUGGAGGAUGAGGAGGAUAUCGAUCGGGAUUGGCUUGACUGGGUGUACACGGCUGCACGUCUGGGUGUCUUCCUCAGCAUCGUCUACUUCUACUCCAGCCUGAGCCGCUUUGUCCUGGUCAUGAGCAGCCUUCUCCUUAUGUACCUGCACACAGCAGGCUGGUUCCCCUUCAGGAGAAGGCCCCUGGUCAGAGGUCCAAACAACCAGGUCCCCGAGGUUAUCCAGAACCACCAGGACAGGAACCCAGUUCCACCUACGGAGGACCCUGCAGGAGAAGAGGGGGCCGGGGCGGAGGCUGAGGUUGAUGAACCACACCCCCUGACUGCAGUGCUGGUGCCUCCACACAGGGUGUCCAUCGUUUGGACUGCCUGGAUCUUUUUCAAAGCCUUCUUUGCCUCCCUCGUCCCAGAGGCCCUAGCAGUGGCUAACUGAAUUAUCAACUUUUCCAGCAGGGGGCACACUGGUGCUGAAUUUAACCUGAGUAUUAGACAUGCCUCUCUGUCACGGGAAGUCCUCCCUCUGGACUUCUGGAUAGUAGAUGCCUGGACAUUUUGUGAGAAAUCCUGAAUGAUUUAGGGCUUCAAUGCAUACAAAUCCCUGCCUGUAGUCUGUUGUGUGUGUUUAGGGAUAUGGUGGUUCAUUCGGCACUUCCUGCCUUAUGAUAGUGACCAAAUGGUUGUAUAUGCAGUAUAGUACAUACACUUCUCGCUGCCAAAUGGUUGUAUAUACUGUAAAUGAGUAUUGGAACUAAAAAUGUAAAUAUUAUUCUAUUGUCUGUGUAACAGGGUAGGUUAUGUUUCCACUUGACACUGCAGAAACCUGUAUUUUGUUUGUGUAUUCCUAUUGGUUGGUUAAAUUUACAUAUCAGUAA